AUGGACACCAAUUCAAAAAAUGAUUUACCACCAAGCUAUUCAGAAGCUAUAAACAGUCCUCCAGUACAACCUCAAAGACCCACUCCAAGUGCAACUUCUAGUCUUGUUCCACCUCGACCCCCACAGGCUGUGCCAUCAGCAACAACAGAUGAUCUUUAUACUAAUAAUCCAAAUUUACCGUUUAAAUUUCCAAAAGGUUUUUUAUGCCCCAAAUGUAAGAAUACUGGUUAUAAAAUUAAAAAACAUAAUUUAACAGGAAAACAAUGUUGUAAAUCAUGUUGGGAUAAAUUUUAUUUUUCAAAAGGUUAUGCUUAUAAUCCAAAUUCAAAUAAUUUAUCAUUUAGAUAUCCAAAAGGUUUUUAUUGUGAUAAAUGUCAUAAUUCAGGUUUUAAAACUAAAAAUGGUUUAAGUUGUAAAGAUUGUUGGGAUUCAUUUAGUCCAAGAAAUUCAUAUAAUUCAAUUAAUCAUAAUUUUAGUCCAAGUUAUUUUGGUUCUACUACAUUUAUACCUGCUGGUGGUCAAUUUAAUGGAAGUGGUCCUCCUUUAAGAGUUCCUCCUGGUGAUCCAAGAUUAGGCGGUGGUAUGUAUCAAAAUUUUAAAAUUUAAUUUUGUACUAACUGUAUUUAGUGUUAUGUGGAAAAUGUAGAGGUCAAGGUAUGGUAAGAUUUCUUUUAGAUAUGGAAUUAUGUCCUGUUUGUUCUGGUUUAGGAAGAGUUGUUAAUGUUAGACCUUCUCAACCUCAAUUUCAACAACAAUCUUUUGUUCCCCCUCGAAAUUAUUAUGAAAAGAGAUGA